AUGAGCAACCUCCAACCUCCCAACGCUGGCCCAGCGCCCGCCCCUUCACCCAGCGGCAAGGAUGGCCUGCGAUAUCCCAGCAAUGGAAAGACUAUCUACCACCGGCCAUUAAACAGAACCAAGACGGCUGAGCUGAGCCAGGCCAGUUUUGCGUAUCUGUUUGGCGAGAUGGUGACGUAUGCGCAGAAACGGGUCAAGGGCAUCCAGGAACUGGAACAACGUCUUAACCUACAAGGCCAUUCUAUCGGCCUCAAACUUCUCGACCUACUCCUCUUCCGCGAACCAGUGCGCACGCAAACCCGACCCCUGGGCAUUAUCCAACUGCUACACUUUAUCAAGCAGAACAUCUGGCAACACCUCUUUGGCCGACAAGCGGACCGUCUCGAGAAGUCUGCCAACCCUGAAACCCCCGACGAAUAUCACAUUAUCGAUAACGAGCCCCUCGUGAACCAAUACAUCAGUGUGCCCAAGGAAAUGAGCCAGUUGAACUGCGCAGCGUUUGUGGCGGGCGUUGUCGAGGGUGUCUGUGACGGAGCUGAUUUCCCCGCUAGAGUCACGGCGCAUACAGUUGGAGAGGGCGACAUGUGGCCUGGAAAGACAGUUUUCCUCGUCAAGUUCAGACCAGAGGUUUUGGAGAGGGAAGGCUUCUUGGGCAAGAAUUAA